AUGUCGGCUGUCAGUAAUGUAAUAUCACCUCUGGACUUUGCUUGUCAAAAGUUGGAGUCCAAAGCAAAUCAGAUAAAUGCAGUGUUGGAUGAUGUCAACGAAACCCGUCCUCUUGAUGUCAAAGGGCUUCAACUACUUCUUCAGGGGACGGUGAUGCCCACUGUUAACGCAGGCCCACUGGCUUAUGCGGAAGCGUUCACGCAGUCCGAACAAAAGGAGCGAUAUGGAGAAAGUGGAGUGCGCGAUCUGGAGAGUGCAUUC